AUGGUCGAUGUUAUUAAAGAAGUAGGGGAAGAAAAUGUUGUGCAAAUUAUAACAGAUAAUGCUCCUGUAUGCAAAGCUGUUGGAAUGAUCAUUGAAGGUUUAUUUCCUAAACUUUUUUGGACACCUUGUGUUGUGCAUACAUUAAAUCUUGCCUUGAAGAACAUAUGUGCAACAAAGAAUGUUGAAGGGAAUGGUGUUGUUUAUGAUACACGCUUUACAUAUGCUAUAGUGAUGAUGAAAAGGUUUAAAUUUUUGAAACCUUCAUUGCAAUCCAUGGUCAUUAGCGAAGAAUGGAGUUCUUAUAGAGCGAAUGAUAUGGGCAAAACCCAAGCUAUUAAAGAAUUUGUUUUGAAUGAUGUAUGGUGGGACAAAAUUACGUAUAUUUUGGCUUUCACUCAACCUAUAUAUAACAUGCUUAGAGCUUGUGAUACAGAUAGUCCCACUCUUCAUUUGGUUUAUGAGUGGUGGGAUACCAUGAUAGAAAAGGUGAAGAUAGUUAUAUAUAGGCAAGGAGAAAAAGAAGUAAAUGAUACAUCAACAUUUUAUCAAGUUGUUUACAAUAUACUAAUAGCAAGAUGGACUAAAAAUUGCACUCCUCUCCAUUGCACGGCUUAUUCUCUAAAUCCUAGGUCUAAUAGUGAAGAAUGGCUUCAAGAAAGCUCAAAUAGGAUCCCUCCACAUGAGAAUGAAGAGAUUUUUAUGGAGAGGAAUAAGUGUCUGAAAAAGUUUUUCACAACUAGUGAGGAUAAACAAAGGGCUGCACUUGAAUAUGCUGAUUUCUCAUCAAAAUCAAAUUUUUUUUCUUCUUUUGACACAAUUGAAGAUAUGUGGAUAUUAGAUCCUAAAUCUUAG